ACCGCACGUCGUCACCCACCCCAUCGACGAACCCGUGUCAACACCGGCAUCAUGUCGAAACGACUCGGCCCUUUCGCUCAGGGCAAACCGGAGAACCCGUAUGAGGAUCGCGAUGCACCGGGCGAAACUCCUCAGCGUGCGACGGCCGCGCAGAUGGCAGCGCGCAAGAUCAAGUCUGCCAAACCUAUGCGACGCGGAGCCAACAGCGGUCUUUCACAGCCAUCUUCUUCCUUCGGCGGACCAUCGGGUCAACCCUCUUUCGGCUUCGGAGCCUCCGCACCGGCGCCUGGUGGAAACGGCGCGUCGAACCCAUUCGCAUCCAUCAACCAACAGCCUGCACAGAGCGCCGGGCCGUUCGGGGGUAGCGCAUCAACCAGCUUCCCACCAGCUCAGUCGUCAGCACCGAGCAACGCGUUCUCCAGCUCCUCGUUCCCGGCGUUUGGAGGCAACAAUAGCAAUGGAGGGUCUGGCUUCAACCCACAGCCCCCAAGCAGUACGGAUUUCAACUUCAGCGCCUCAUCCAGCAAUCCCUUCGGUAACCCGACCGCGAAUGGUGGUAGUUCAACAGCUUUCUCGGGUUCCAUCUUCAACUUUGGCGGCGCUCAGUCUCAGAAUGCGAACAACACGGCCGCGCCGAACAACACACCAUUUACGAGCACCGCUCCCCAGAGCAACCCCUUUGGAGGGUUCAAUACCGGCUCCAAUACGAAUACCUCGAACAGCAUGUUUGGCCAGAGCACCGCUGCCUCGUCAAAUCCCUUUGGCGGCUUGGGUGCUUCGAAUAAGCCGAAUGAUACGUCAUCAACGUCAAAUAUGUUUGGUGCAAGUGCGCCAGCAACGACCAGUUCGAGCAGCAUGUUUGGAAACAUCUCUGCGACAUCGAACAGCGCGUCACCUGCGAUUUCGUCUGCACCAAAUCCUUUUGCCGGCUUGAACUCGACUGCCCAGAAUGGCACAACUACGACUUCAGCACCGGCAGGAGGGAACUUGUUCGGUACAACUGCACCAUCUUCGAACAGCAUCUUCAGCUCGGGCAGCAACCCCUUUGCUAAGAUCCCUACGCCGGAUACAGCCACGACGGCAGCGCCCAGCAACCUAUUCAAUAACACCACUACAUCAACACAGCCGCCUAAUAACCCCUUCGCUGGUGUGCUUUCCGGAACUCCAAGCGCUGCGCCAUCUCCAUCCCUCUUCUCGGCCACGCCUGCAGCUCCCAGCAAUCCAUUCGGGGGUCUUAGCACAUCGACCUCGACAGAACAGAGUUCAUCACUGUUCAAACCAGCCCAGAGCACCCCAAAACCCGAAGCACCAAGCACGACUCCAGCUGCGUUCAAUUUUGGAGCAUCUCUUGCGAAGGAGCCAUCCAAGCCAGCAGAGACACCCAAACCCAGUGGAAGCAGCCUUUUCUCAGGCUUUGGAAGCUCAGCAACCCCCGCAAAAGCCCAGGCAUCUAAUGAUAAGGCAGACACUCCUAAGCAGCCAUUUUCUUUCAUGUCUACUCCCAAGCCUGCUGAUUCCGGAGUUUCUGCACCUGAAUCCGCCUCCGCUCCUAAGGCAAACCCUUUCAGCGGGAUUGCCACCUCCACUACCCUUGAGAAGGAGAAGAGUCUAGCACAAAGCACACCAAGCUUCGGAAUGUUCGCAAAGCAAACACCUGCGGCUUCCCCCGCGCUGCCAGCUUUCCAGCCACAGGCCGCCAGCUCCUUCACACCAUUCUCUCAGUCACCAAUGCCAGAGAAAACACAACCCCCAGCCACGACACCCGCUCCCGCGGCGGCACCUCCGACUGCGACCGAGACCACUCAGGAAUCGGUUAAAGCAAAGACCGCGAAUCUUCCAGACGUGCCAAAGGCUCAUGUCCCACAGCAGUGGAAGCAAUUCUCCGCGGCCCCCAGCUCGAGCAACGCGUCCGGGGAUGAUGUGAACAAGAAGUUGGUAGAUCUCUCUGCAGAGCUUGGUACUUUGAAUGAGCGAUAUAGGCAGAAGAUUAUCAGUCUCCCACCAAUGGCCGACUGGACAGCGUUAUCGAAGUGGCACUUCCAACAAUCCUCGGAGAUAGCCAAGAAAGUCAUAGCAAUCAAGAAGCAGCGUGCCGCAGCCAUGGGUAUCACUGGAAAUGAAUCCGUUCUGUCCACGAAGCGAAAGGGUAGCGACGAUGCCCCCACCGAGAGCGCAUACGGUACCCCCUCGAAGAAGGCGCGACCCGCUGGACCCUCAACUUCAUCUGUAAACGGUGACGUCUGGCCUGUUUGGUAGUGUACUUGGCAAGCCUUCCAGCUCAGCACCAGUGAGCACGCCGGAGAAGCCUUCCACGCUCUUUAGCUCAUCCAUAUUUGCAAAGAAACCAUCUGCAGAUAACAACGCAACUCCCAAGGCACCAGCCUUUGGAUCAACCACGCCAAAGGGUGAUGCGCCCAAGUCGGGUUUCCAGGUCCCCGCCUUUGGCAGCGCAGCG